AUGAAUACCAUGCACCGGCAGAUUGGUAAGAUCAGGCAUAAAGGUCCUGGGGAUACGGCCAAGGUGUCGGUACUUUUGAGCGAUUACGAAGAUGCGAAUAAGAUGCUCAAUAUGAUAAUUGAAGCUUCCAAAGCAUGGAGAGACGCCUGGGUAUCUAUACUUUCCACUCAGUUGAACACGGCAAUCAGUUUCGAAGAAUUAUAUCAGCCCAUCGUAGGCACAAGCGAUGCACAUCGGGACAAUCCAGCGGUCACUCCUCGACAACAGAUGGAUCGAACGAUAAAAUUAAAGGAAACAUAUACGGAUCUGAAAACGGAUUUAAUGGAAGAAGUUAUGAUGAUGGAGUCUCGAGUUACAAAACCAGCUACGGAAGUAAAAGAGUUUCUACAACCUAUUCGGAAGACGAUCAAGAAACGAGAGAAUAAAAGAUUGGAUUGGGAGAGAUACAUAGAUAAGGUCAAUAAUGCUUCCAAGAAGAUGAAGAGAAGUGAUCGAGAGAAUGUAGCUCUAGCAAAAGCUGAAGAGGAACAAGGCAGGGCAGCAGAGGCAUUCAAAGAUGCGGAUGCCCACCUUCGAGAAACACUACCACCCAUAAUCUCUACAGCUUUCUCAAUUCUACCACAUCUACUCGCGGUACAGAUCAUGAUCCAAAACACCAUCCUCGCACAAUAUUACACGGCACUACACAGCUACUGCGAAGACGUGGGUCUUCCCUCUCCCCCGCCACCAAUGGAAGAUGUAAUCGCAGUCUGGAACCGCGACUACUCCCCCAUUAAACAAGAAGUCGAGCUCAUAGACUGCAUACGCCGCGGCAAAGCCAUCCACCAGCCCAUGAACGUAGGUGAUGAAAACGCCAACUCCAAAUCCAUCACCGGUCUCAACGUGCGCAAUGGUUUCUCCCGUCGGCCCUCGACCCAAUCGAUAGGCACUAAUCGCGACCCAUCACCCAAUCCCAGCAUCUCUACCACAUAUUCCGAAGCCCGAUCCCCUAAACCCGACCGUCCACCCCCGAUCCGUUCGGCCUCCCGCCCUCGCAUUACAUCCGCGCAUACCAUACCCGUAUUCGCACCUCCCGCCUCAGCCCUCGCCCCUUCUCCCGAACCCUCACUCCUAACUCCCGGCACAGACUACUCCAACCAUCUCACCCCCGUAUCCACUCAUUCCUCGCAUUCCCCUGCCGGUCCUUCGCUAGAUUAUUUCCAACGCGGCUCCACCAACGAAGGCGUAGCCGUCAAUUCUGCCAUUGGCAAGAAGAAGCCACCGCCGCCUCCACCAAAACGUCUCGGAUCAUCUAAUGGUGGAAUUUUUGUAGUGGCGCUUUAUAAUUUUGAGGGGCAAGGAGAAGGGGAUUUGAGCUUUAAAGAGGGUGAUCGAAUUCGAGUGACGAAGAAGACGGGGAGUACGGAUGAUUGGUGGGAUGGCGAGUUAAGGGGGAUGAAGGGGAGUUUUCCGGCAAAUUAUUGCGUUGCGCUUCGUUUCCUUUGUGAAUACUGGGUUCAAGCGGAAUAUGAUAUGCCAUAUGUUGCGAAAUGUCCCUGA